UCAGCGGGUUCUGGCUUUGAGGCGCUGAUAGUUUCAAACGGAAAGGCUGUAAUCUGGAGAGCCGCUGGUUUCCAGCGGGUGGAGUUUGGCUACAGUCCACCAGACAAAGACGCGAUGAACGGCGGACGCUUUACUGUACCGGCGCAGCGGUUGCGGUGACUUAAGGUCAGAGUGAUGCCGGAACACAGACCACAGAGGGACAGCCACCUGCUCUGCCGAGUUUGUUUUUGUUAUCAUUGUUGACAUCUGUCAUCGGCGGGACGCCUCCACCAUAUAGGACAACAGAGAGCGCUCUCCCCACACCUUUAUUUUUCUUUAUUUACUUUUUUUUUUAGUGCAGCUCAGCCAAAACUCAUUUGUUGAAAUGAGAUCAUCUCCAGAAUCCCGUUCAUUAUGAAGCUAAUGCUCUUCCUGUAACACGUCCGGGAGAUCAAGAUGGCCACAUCUCCAUUCAGUGUGAGGAGAAGCUCCAUUCCUUAGUUACUCCGAUGAAGGCUCUUUUGUGACACAAGAAUCAGGGACUCUGAGGACCAGGAGCCAGAGACUUUUACUACCCCCCCAACCCAAGCCUUUUUGAUGUAAAUUUAAAGGACCUGAAGCAUAAUCCUUCCUGGGCUUUCAAGAUGGACCUCUUCUUCAACCCUUUUGAUAACUUGGUGUGUGUCCUGCUUGGCAUCUCCUUCACCGUGUGGUUCACCAUGCUACUGGUCUUCAUUAUUGUGCCUGCUAUUUUUGGCGUGUCCUUUGGAAUCCGCCGCCUUUACAUGAAAACUCUCUUAAAGAUCUUUGAGUGGGCCACACUUAGGAUAGAGAGAGGAGCCAAAGAAAAAAAUCACCCUCUGUACAAACCAUACUCAAAUGCCAUCAUUGCCAAGGAGCCUACCUCACUGGAGGAGGAGAUCAAGGAGAUCCGGCGCAGCGGCAGUAACAAAGACUUGGGCUCCACCCCAGAGUUUGAGAUGUCGGACAUCUUUUAUUUUGCUCGGCGAGGAGUGGAGAGCAUUAUGGACGACGAGGUGACCAAGCGGUUUUCCGCUGAGGAGCUGGAGUCUUGGAAUCUGCUGACACGUAGCAACAAUAACUUCCAAUAUAUCAGCCUGCGGCUGACCGUCCUGUGGGGGCUGGGUGUCCUCAUACGCUAUGGCUUUCUGCUGCCUCUCAGGGUAACCCUGGCCUUCACAGGUGUUGGCCUCCUUGUGUUCCUCACUUCUGUAGUUGGUCUGCUGCCAAACGGCAGGAUGAAAGGUUUCCUCAGUGAAAAAGUCCAUUUGAUGUGCUACAGAAUAUGUGUUAGAGCUCUCACUGCCAUUAUAACCUAUCACGACAGUGAGAAUAAACCUAAGAAUGGAGGAAUCUGUGUUGCUAACCACACCUCACCCAUCGAUGUCAUCAUCCUGGCCAGUGAUGGUUGCUAUGCCAUGGUCGGCCAAAUUCACGGUGGGUUGAUGGGAGUCAUUCAGCGGUCCAUGGUCAAAGCAUGCCCUCAUGUUUGGUUUGAGCGCUCCGAAGUGAAAGACAGACAUCUAGUGGCUAAAAGAUUGAGCGACCAUGUCCAAGAUAAAUCUAAACUGCCGAUACUUAUUUUUCCAGAAGGGACCUGCAUAAACAACACGUCUGUUAUGAUGUUCAAAAAGGGCAGCUUUGAAAUCGGAGCCACAGUCUACCCUGUAGCCAUUAAGUAUGAUCCUCGGUUUGGAGAUGCAUUCUGGAACAGCAGCAAGUUUGGAAUGGUCAACUACCUUUUACGAAUGAUGAGUAGUUGGGCCAUUGUCUGCAGCGUGUGGUAUCUUCCUCCAAUGUCCAGAGAGGAGGGUGAGGACGCUGUGCAGUUUGCCAAUCGGGUGAAAGCAGCUAUAGCCAGACAAGGCGGCCUGGUUGACUUGCUGUGGGACGGCGGAUUAAAACGUGCCAAGGUAAAAGAUACCUUCAAAGAAGAGCAACAGAAACUGUACAGUAAAAUGCUGGUGGGCACCCAAGAGGAUCGGAGCCGGUCCUGAGGAGCUUCAGUGGAAGUGGACUGUUCACCGACCCGACUGCAUUUGCACCUCUGACGAAAUUGGUCGUCAGCACUGGGCCCUGCUGUUGGAGCGGCUGGGCUGGAAAGUUCUCCCUGACCGCACCAGCUCUUCAUUCAGCGUUCUCGGCCGUGCAUCAGCCGGGCAUGUUGCGUUGCAUUGGUGUAAGGGGGUCUGGUGCCGCCUUUGAACUAGCUUGACACAAGCAUCUACUACAUCAGACAUGAAACAAUGGAGUGCACAUAGAAAGUCUUCCUUGACACCGGUCUUUUAAGGAAAAACGUGUAUGAUCAUCUUCGACAUUCAAUCCCUCUGUUUUAUAGUUUCAACAUUUUCAAAUGUUGGUUUCAUAUUGUGGUUUAACUUAAAGAUCAGGUUUUAUUCGAGAGCUCUUAUUGGUCAUUGGUAUAGUUUGUUCUAUACCUAGAACAUGUUGCCGUUAUUUAUUUGUAUGUACUAAGCCUAACUGGCUUGUACCAAGACUUUGAGCAAUGCUUUUGUUACAUUUCAUAUAUUUUUAGGAUUUUCAUGGGAAAACGUUUGCUUUUGUAGAUUUGGGUUUUACAUAAGUAUAGCCAUCAUUGGAGUUGCUUAGCAGAAAAGCUCCUAUCUUGUUUGUGGUUUCCAUUGAAUGUUUAAAGUCCUGACAUUAUGAAGUGGAAACUGCUGUCACCAGGAUGCAGGUGUAUUGGUUUGAAGCAGAUUCUCCUGUUCCAGGCAAGAGAGCAGUGGGACUGAUAAUAAUGAGGUGAAUAAUCCUCUCAUUAGACCUUUCAAUUGGACAGUUUUGCACCGUUUCUUAAGCUCAUAGCACAUGGUUGGCUUCUUGUAGAAACCUAACACCAGCUGAUGCCUAUUUAAACUCAUCCUUCCAAACUGCUGGUUUUGGCCACCCGCUUCUGCAAUUAACAUCAUUUUUCAUUCAUGCUAAAAGAACUCUGAAAGCUUUUAUUUUUCCUUCUGUUUUUACUUAGCAGCUUUAAGCUCUGAGAGAAACUGCCGCUGAUCUGCAAAUGGUAGCCCUCCUCCAUGUUUGUCCUGGAGAUGCUCGUUUAAUUUGUUUUCUGUUAUCAGGGAAACUCACUCAGACUGUCAAAUCAGUCUGUGAAAAUAAACGUACACAAAUGUGAAAAAA